AUGUUCAAAGGACCAGUGGAGAGCAAAAACGAAGCAGCCAUGUCUGAGCUGGUCCCAGAGCCACGACAAAAGCCCGUCGUACCAAUGAAACCCAUGGGCAUCAACGCCAGCUUGCUGGGCUACAUCGGUAUUGACACCAUAAUUGAGCAGAUGCGCAAGAAAACCAUGAAGACGGGUUUUGACUUCAACAUCAUGGUUGUAGGUCAGAGCGGACUGGGAAAGUCAACAUUGGUAAAUACCCUCUUCAAAUCCCAGGUGAGUCGCAAAUCUUCAGGCUGGAACCGGGAGGAGAAGAUCCCCAAGACAGUGGAGAUCAAAGCCAUUGGGCAUGUCAUUGAAGAAGGCGGUGUCAAAAUGAAGCUGACAGUGAUUGACACACCAGGAUUUGGGGACCAGAUCAACAAUGAGAACUGCUGGGAGCCUAUUGAGAAAUACAUCAAUGAGCAAUAUGAAAAGUUUUUGAAAGAGGAAGUGAAUAUUGCAAGGAAGAAACGAAUUCCAGACACGCGUGUGCACUGCUGCCUCUACUUCAUCUCCCCUACGGGCCACUCUUUGCGGCCUUUGGACCUGGAGUUCAUGAAACAUCUCAGCAAGGUAGUGAACAUCAUCCCAGUUAUUGCUAAGGCUGACACCAUGACCUUGGAGGAGAAGACCGAAUUCAAACAAAGAGUGCGCAAGGAACUAGAAGUAAAUGGGAUCGAGUUUUAUCCCCAGAAAGAAUUUGAUGAAGACUUGGAGGAUAAAACAGAGAACGACAAAAUCAGGCAGGAAAGCAUGCCCUUUGCAGUAGUGGGCAGUGACAAGGAGUACCAAGUGAAUGGCAAAAGAGUCCUGGGCAGGAAAACACCCUGGGGAAUCAUUGAAGUGGAAAAUCUCAAUCACUGUGAAUUUGCCCUACUUCGAGAUUUUGUCAUCAGGACCCACCUUCAGGACCUAAAAGAAGUGACCCACAACAUCCACUAUGAGACCUACAGGGCCAAACGGCUGAAUGACAAUGGAGGGCUGCCCCCCAUGACUGUCGAGACAGAAGAAAACCACGAAAGUAACCUGUGA